CGUUUCUUUCUUUAAUGAAAACCAUCAUUUUUUUUCUUUGUUGUCAACUAAUUGUUUUUGAUAAAAGUUGAAAAAAUAAUUAUUUAAAAAAUCCAUGGAGAAACGCACAAUUUGCUUCAACGGCAGAAACACAGGUCACAUCUCCGAAAAUUGGCCAGGAAGUUCGUCCACCAUCAACAACAACAACAACAACAACAACAAGAGGAAGAAGCCAUCAUUUUCAUCAUCAACCCCAGAAAUCACAUUUACUCAGAAGUUCCCACCCACGUAUUGCCGUUGUGGUGGAGGAUUCUGCAUAAUUAAGCUGAUUCCCAGAAAAAAUCAACACUUUUAUUCUUGCCCUAACAAAUAUGAAAUGCACUGCGGAUACUUCAAAUGGUGUCAUGAACUGAAGAAAGAAGAGAUUUUGACUCAUCGUCAACCACCUUAUCCUUGUUGUUCAUGUGGGGCUGGAAUUUGCAGGCUUGAAACUGAGAGACAAAAACCUUUUAUUGGUCAUAAGUAUUUUGCUUGCAGAAUUGCCAAGGGACAUGGUGCUUGCAAUUUCAGGCAAUGGAAGGAUGCUAAUCCUACGCCGGGUAUGCUUAAGGAUACCACUGCAUAUGAUAAUUGCAUAGACAAUGAGAUCGAUAUGAUUCGUACAGAAAUUGAAAAUGGUGAAGUGGAUGCUGACUUUCCCUAUUCUACUACAGAGGAAUCCCUGGUUGAUGGAAUGUAUGCUGGAGACAACACUCAUCGCAGUCCUUUACCAAGUCCCAAUAGCCCAUUAGAUGUGGAGGCUCUUGGAUCAAUGAAUUCUCGCCAUUUGGUCGUGCAGUGGUGGUAAUAACACGAGAAUGUUUAUUUUCUUUGUGGGGAUAUUAUGACAGACAGAAGCUGCCGAAUGACUUGGCUUGUUCUAGCUAUUUGCUAAUUUAGCACAUCCUGUCUUAGAGGUAAAUUGUGGGAGAGCUGUUACGUUAUGUCGUUGUAACUGUAAUGGGAGCUCUGAACAUUGAUAACAGAUGGAAGCUAAUACGUACAACAGAGGCUACAUUUGAGGAGAUUAGGUUGAGAUAGCUUUCGAUGCUUUGUGAUAUAUUAUUAAUCAAAUCUGUAUUAACCCAAGUAAAUUGUGAAGUUAGUUAACAGCCUAGUAGUGUAGUUGUAUCUGUAAAACUGAAGUGAGUUAAGAAUAUUACCAUCGAGAUAUUAGGCUCCGUUUGCUUGUAAAGCUUUUUCAGUAUAAAAUGCUUUUCAUGGAACAUAAUUUACAAUGCAAAACAUAAUUUUG